AGUACACCAAUAUGGCGGCUACUAAAUUUUUGCGAAGAAACAAAGGUGUAAAAGAUGGGAACGCAAGUGAAAAAUGCCGCUUUCAGAGAACAUUUCAUGAUUUGAUGUCUCAAACAAAAUGUCAAUAAACUUGUAAAGUUAAUGAAUGUUAAUAAAUACUUGUGAUUUUACUGAUAUUAUUAGGAAAAUAGACGCGUUAUGGUGCAAAAACAACUGACAGAAGACAUGUAGCCUAAAAUAAGAUAUUUGAAAGGAUAGGAUUUGAUUGUAUCAACAUAACCGUGUUAAUGAUUGAUUUCUUAUGUUUCUGUAUUUAUCUAUUGUUGAUAUAGAGACGGUCAGUGUGUUCAAAUGCCGUGUGCAUUACGGUCUGACAUGUCCGUGGCAUCAAAUUCAAUAGCUUAUGCCAGGCCAUCAGUUGUGCAGAAUGUUAACGGUGGUCCCAUAUUCACUUCAAUUUUUGACUAUGAAGCAACUCGAGAUGAUGAGUUGACAUUAAGACGUGGUGUUGAGGUUGAAGUUCUUUCCACAGAUGCCAAGAUAUCGGGAGAUCAUGGCUGGUGGACGGGCAAAGUGGGAGAUAAAGUUGGAAUAUUUCCGAGUAAUUUUGUGUCAAAAGAAGCAGAUGUCAUUAAGAAAAUACCUCUGCACAUUGAUUUCAGGGAAUUAAAACUGAAUGAAGUGAUAGGUGUAGGAGGUUUUGGUAAAGUUUUUCACGCCACUUGGAGAAAUGAGGUUGUGGCUGUCAAAAUCGCUCACCAUGACCCAGAGGAACCUGAUGCCACAUUUGCUAAUGUGAGCCAAGAAGCAAAGCUGUUUUGGCUCCUUAACCAUCCAAAUAUUGUGUCUUUAAGAGGAGUUUGCCUCCAAGAACCAGAUCUGUGUCUUGUCAUGGAAUAUGCGGCAGGAGGUUCGUUGAAUAGAGUGUUAAAUGGACGCCAGAUUCCUCCAGAGAUUUUAGUGGACUGGGCUAUGCAGAUAGCUACAGGGAUGUAUUAUCUGCAUGUUGAAGCCCCUAUUCCAUUGAUACACAGAGACUUAAAGUCAAAUAACAUAUUGAUACGGGAGGCAAUAGUAAACAAUGAUCUGUACAACAAAACAAUGAAGAUCACCGAUUUUGGGUUGGCUCGGGAAAUGUACCGGACCACCAGAAUGAGUGCAGCGGGGACCUAUGCUUGGAUGGCACCAGAAGUCAUAAAAAACAACACUUUUUCAAGACACAGUGAUGUGUGGAGUUAUGGUGUUGUACUGUGGGAGUUGUUGACAGGCGAGACUCCAUACAAGGGUAUUGAUGCUCUUGGAGUUGCAUAUGGUGUUGCUGUAAACAAGCUCACGCUACCCAUUCCUUCAACGUGUCCCGAACUCUUCUCGAAAAUUAUGUCAGACUGCUGGAACCAGGAGCCCCAUUUUCGCCCCACAUUUCAAGAUAUAAUCAGGACCCUGGAGGAGGUAAAGCUCUCAUCGUUCAUGACAACGCCCCAGGACUCGUUCCAUUCCCUACAGGAAGAUUGGAGAUUAGAGAUCGAGGAAAUGUUUGACGAACUUCGCAUUAGAGAGAAGGAGUUACGCAGCAGGGAGGAGGAGUUGACAAAAGCCCAGGUACAGCAGAAGAAUCAAGAGGAAUUUCUGCGGAAACGAGAACAAGAAAUUGCAGAACGAGAAAUAGAACUUUUAGAACGUGAAUUGAAUAUAAUGAUUCUUCAACAGAUCAUGCACAAACCUAUGCCAAAUAAACGGCGUGGAAAGUUUAAAAAGAGCAGACUUCAAAAAGUUCUGAAGUCUGGUAGUAAAUCUAUUAGUGAACCUUCUGAUUUUCGACACAACAUAACAGUACAGAAGGAAGAGACGUCCCCCUAUCAUGACAGAGUGAUGAGCCCUGAGAGCCCCCAGCCCCAGUCACCCAAUCACCCACCCAGACUUCGUGCAAUAGCUUACCCAGCCGAUGCCAUAAAGGGUAAAACCUGGGGACCAAGUUCGGUACAGAAGGACCGACGACAGCGUACAUCUGUGAUACUUUCUGAUGGGCGAUGGUCACAAAGCGCCCCCAGUUUGGAGAAAAACCUCCGCCAUCUUAGUGGAGGACAUUCCAAUUUUAGUGCUCUACAGGAAAUGUAUGGUGACGAGGAAUCAUGGCCGACAGAUCUCAGUGAUACACAACGCAGACACAUUCCAGGCCUGUCUAAGACGUUACCAGCAGAUACGGGUAGUCUUCGCCGCUCUAUGUCAUCCAGUAAAAUAGGCUCUGCUCUUUACAGCAUGGCCUCGAUGCUUGCAGGGGUUGGAGCGGGUUUCGACGUUAAGCUGUCAAAUUCGAUAGGAAUUCAUCCGAGUGUGAAAGGUGCUAUUGAUUCACAGACACCAAAUCGGGACUCUUUUAUUCUGAACAGAAGGGAUGCGCACAAUUCAGCAGUGCGUGACUUGUUUAUUGAGCCAGAAAUUGAUUAUAAUUUCUACUCUAAUUCAGGCUCGGGGAGUAACACCUACCAUGGACGUCAAACGAAAUAUCGGCCGAGUAUUCAAGAUAUUCCACUAAAGUUUACUGACAGAGCUGCUUUAAACAGUUCACCAGUUGUCCCUGAAGAGGAUGACAAUACCUCAACUGUGAAGUCAACAGCCACUCUAAUUCCGCGAACCUCUCCGCAACAUAGACUUUCAAUGACGGAGAGUGACGAUGGUACGAUUACCAAUGUGUCUCAGGAUGGGCUGUUGUCUUCACAUUAUGGACUUUCUAGACAGUUAUCUGAAAGUAGUUAUAGUUCAGACACUUCUCGGACAACUGUUCGUUCCAAUCGGCAUUCAGUGACUUUCGAAGAUGAAUUUAAUGUUACAAAUCGUGACGAAAAAUUUAAAUCGCAAUCGGAUACCUCAGAAAAUUCCAGUCCUUAUCAUGAAACGCCUGUUGCUCCACCUCGUAGAUCUAAACUCAUUAAUGGUGGACCAAAAACUGUUGAGAAGCCAAAAAAUGUGGAGCGGCCAAAAACAUUAGACUUAGCAAAUGCUAAACCAGGUAUUCUCAAAUCCAGCUCAACUCAUUCCUCUUUACGAGAAUCUGAUUCUCGCGAGUCGCCAAGAACGACGUGGGUGACACCAUCCGAAUCGGUCGACCACACUCCGUACUGGUCAACUCGGUCCGGAAUGUCACCCGGCAACACCCCUCCACACAUACUUCACCAGAAAACACUUCUUGAUAUUGAUAUGGAGGGGCAGAAUUUGGACCCCACACAGCCCCUCCUGCUCCCAAAGUCUCAAUCUAAUCGACCAACUAUACAAGACUUAGAGAAUGAAUUUAGUCAAAGAUUGUGAUAGAAAAUUAAAUUUAUAUUAUACCCAAUGAAAUAUUUAUCUAACUACACAAAGCAAUAUGUUACAAAAGGUUAUGAUUUUAAAGUGAUUUUAUCGAAUAUUUCUUAGUAUUUGACACAAGGUUUUUACUUACAUUGUUAUUGUGAUUUUAGCAUCUUUUCAGCAUAAUCCUGCAGUCAUUAUAUUACAUUGAAAUGGAUAUUAUUUUGAAGCAAAGAGGUAGUCAUGCCAUUUAUCAGAUUGAUAUUUGUUGAUAUAAUCAAAUAUAGUAGAAAUUUGUUAACUUUGAGACAUUUUAACCAUUUUCGAUAUUUCAUUAAGAUUUAAACUGGUUUAAAGUUAUAAAGAAGACAAACUGGUUUAAGAGUUAGAACAAGACAAAGUUUGAAAGAAAGUUUAUGCAUUAAAAUAUAGACUGGUUUAGAGUUAAAAUGAAGACAAAACUGAAAAGAGAAGAAUUUUAUUAAGAGUUAGACUGGCUUCAUGUUAGAAUGAAGACAAAACUGCAACGACUAGAAUUUCAUUAAGAUUUAGGCUGGUUUAAAAGUUAGAAUGAAGACAAAACUGAAAAGACUGAAAUUUCAUUAAGAUUUAGAUUGGCUUAAAGUUGAAAUAAUGACAAAACUGAAAAAUAGUAUUUCAUUAAGAUUUAGAACUGAAAUGACUAGACUUAAAUUAACUAGCCAUUGAUUGUAAACUUGGAGUUAGGUAGGGGGGGAUGAAUUUUUUAAAUUUUAGGCAAAACAUUCCAUCAUUACUCAUUUUCUGUCAGAUGUUAACAUUAAACAGAGUAUUACAACCUGGAAAACCUCUGCAAAAGCAGUUUAGAAUUCUGCCAUACAUAGAGUGCCAAAAGUUUUGUAGACAGCUCUGAUUACGAGUUUCAUGUUAAUUGAAAAGGCCAGCACCAAAUUAAAGUAUUUUCUGUACAUUGAGAAUUGUGGAAGUUUUAAUUUGUGUAUAAGAAGCAAAUUUCAAUUUUUUAAAACAAAUUUAAGAAAAAUUUCAAAUUUUUUGGUUUGAUAUUUUUCCCUGUUGGCCUUUUAUUCGCAGCUGAGGUUGAGAUUUCAUGGACACAAGUAGGAUUUUUAUUGUGCAGGUUUGUUUAAAAAUUGUUUGGGGAAUGAGACUUUGAAUUUUUAACAGAAUUUAAACAUGCAUAUAAUAGUAAUAGUUAAACAUCUUAAGAGAUACCUUGAUGUCUUUAUUAUCUUUAUUACAAGUUUCUUUAAUAAAUUACAACAAAUUGAGUUACUUGAUGCAGGAGACUCAAUUAAUGAAACGGACAAUUACGUAUAUGUGUUGAAGAAUUUUCAGAUAAUGAAUCUCGGCCUCACUGACAUUUUAUUUAGAAAAAUAAAGAUGUAUUAUUUUAUUUGCAAAAUCUGCAAUUGGUGACUGGCCUUCACUUGAAAUAAAUAUUUGAAAUAGUAACAGAGAAUUGGUUGAAAGGUCGUCUUCCACAUGAUUUCGGUGUUGUUUUUUCUCCUUCAGUGGAUUGUGGUUCCAUGGCAUAUAUGUUACAAAACUAUCUUUGUAUUUUCGAUCAAUGUUGUGAAAAAGGUUAAGAUGUAUAUCUUUGAUGAUAUGCAGUGUUUUGUUAACUGACAAUUUUUUUUUUUUUCAAACCGACUGAGAUAUAUAAAUUUUGGACAUUAAUCCUAGGCCAGUGUUUAUCGUGAGCUUGUAGUAAAUUAAUGAAAAGUAGCGGCAACAUGCCUCAUUCUUAUAGAAAUGAGCGCAGCUAUGUGAAAACCAACGUUAAUGUUUUGCAACCAACAAGGAACAAAAUCAGUGCACAUCCAUACUGUUCGUUUAUCCCCACAUCCAUAGUGUUUGUCUAUAAAUUUCAGCAACUGAUAAGACAGUUUGGAUCAAGGUUAGACUGCACGGAGGUUGCAAAGCCGUAACAUUUUUCUCACAGCAGCGCUCCAAUGUUUUGUAUUAUUUAUGUUCGAAAAUGAAUUUUUGUUGUGUACUGCUUUUUUCUGCAAUUAAGGUAUUGCUUAAAUAAAUUUAGGUGAAUUUACAACACUUUUUUUCAGAAUUUUCUAAAAUUUUGCUGUAAUGAAAUGUGUUUGAAUAAGAGUUUUAAAAAUGAAAUUCAUACUGAUAUUUGCCGAAGACAGUUGACAGUGUUAAAGUUAGGUCUUAAACCAAUGAUAAAAUUACAUUCUGAUAAGAAAUUUAUACUAAAAGUGCAUGAUGUUUUCCAAAGUGAAGCAUCUCUAGGAUGAUUGCAAAUUUAUUAUGACAUCUAAAGCUCAAAUUAUACUUAAUGCAGAAAUUACAUAUUUUAUUGAGAAUUUCUUCUUUUUUGAACUUUGAAUAAAAUGUCAAUGGCGAAAACUGUGAAGUAAGUUAGCUUGUUUUGUUUUUACUAAGAUAUGAUAAUAAUUUAGACAUCUGAGUUAGAUAAUUUAGUUUCUUUAAAAUAAACAAGCUCAAAACAUGGUAUUUAACAGGCUUUGAAUGUUUAAACUAUUAAAAUUGUGAAAUAAAACUAAUCAAAUUUAAUGUCACAUGUGUGGAGAUGUAUAAAUAUUCAUAGUGUAAAUUAUUUUUCAGAAGUAUCUCAUUUCGUUUCAGUUCCAGUCAUAUCAAAUAUUCUAUCAAGUUUGUACAUGUUUUUUUGUUAAAUGCUUAUUUAUAUAAUAGCAAGUUCCUAUUAAUUCUUGUACAGCUUUUAUAUAUAUUUUUUCUUGUACUCUAUUUUUAUGAAAUAUAAAUUAAUUAACAUAUGUAUAUCAUGCGCGGAAUUGCUUGUAAAGUGAUCUUUUAAACUUGCCCAUCUUUUUAACAUUGAAGUUAUUUUGAUUGAUAAAUUUGGUUACAGAUAGAUACUUUUACUAUCUUUUCUUGUGUGGUAAUACAUUUACAAUGAAAAUAUCCAUUUUCCAUAAAGAUUUGUUAAAACUUUUGUAAGUUAUCCAUUUAUUUCCUUCAAAAAGAUCACAAGUGCUACAAGUUAAUUUGAAUUUUUUUUUCUUGAUUUAAGAAACAAACAAAAUUCCUCAGUCUGUAUUGUAGAUUCUAUAAACCUAAUUUUCUUAACGCGUUCAAAGAGUCAUACCCUGUGUAGCUGGUUACCAGUUCUGUGAUUUCAUAACCAAAUAUCCAUGUUACAAACUUGUUAAUUUGCACUUUGUAGGAUACACACUCACAUGUAAACAACCCGUGUUAAUACUGCACCAAAAUGUCUUUUCCGUUUUCUCAAUCUGUGUUGUGUCUCUUCACACUGCUGAAUCUCUCUUUCUGUCAGGCGUUUGUUCACUAUAAACUGACAUCGGCUUUUGUUACAUCCUGUUGUGUUCAAAGUUUCUAAUGUCAUUGAUAGGUUUAGAAGUUGUUGGGUACCUGUGGAGAACGAAGUUCCAACAAGGUAUAGGUUGAUGGUGAAGUGACUGACAUUAUAUAACAGUGUAAUAUAAAUGAUAGAUUAGAUAUUUUCAAAAAGCUAUAAUUAAGAGUAGGCAUUGGUUUGUGCUUCACCUCUGUGAAGUGGAGAAGUUGUCAUCUAAUUAUGUACUGGUAGGGACUCUGGAAGUUCUUAAAAAAUAGUAAACCACCAUUCCAGUACUUAUUGUAGAAAAAUGACAUUUACCAUUAAUUUUAAAAUAGCCAUGAAUUGUCAGAACCGGACUUGAUGUAAUAAAAGCAGUUUUCAGUUUUAGUUGGUAUUAGCGCUGUAUAUCUCGAGAAAUUGGGCUCAGGGGUUAUUCCAAUAAGUUUACUGUUAAGAUGGCUUAAUUUUGUUCAAAAAAUGGCAAAUCGGCUUUUGAAAAUUAAAUUUAUUGCUGUUAUCCAUUUCUUACAAGCUUAGGCAAAAGUCGAAAAGAAAGCAGUGCAGCGAUAUUAAACUACUGAAUUGCAUCAAUAUUUUAUUUUCUCCAAAUGGCAGUUUGAUAUUGCACAUUAAUAUUUGAUAAUUUGUUUUUUAUUACCAUUUUUUUCCAUGAAGGACAGUAAUGCCAUAUUUAUACAAAAGGGGUCAAGGGGUUAGAAUUUUUAACCACACCCCAGGUUUGGAUUUUUGGUACCUGAACAAGAUUUGUGUUACCGUUUAAAUCCUCAUGUACUAUGACACUUAAUGGCCGGCAUUACUUAGUGUUAGUUAUCGCACAUUAAGCGUUUUACUACUUCUUUUACUUUAAAUUGAUCACAAAUUAUUAAAUUGAACACAUGGAAUUAGACAAGAUUAAAUUUUAAGAAUGGACAAAACCACAAAUUUCUAAAAAUUCAAGAUGGUCCUUUUGACUUGUAAAUAUAAACUGAUGAUGUUAUAGAUUUGUGCUGUUUGAUAUACUGUUUAAAAUAAAGUAACUGAAUCCUACCGUGUCGUGUACUGUUCAAAACGAGACUGCCUUAUGAAAUUUGGUAGUUCCUUGAAUAUGCUGCAUGGGCAAGAUGAAAACACCAGAACAUGUGUUGAAGCUUUCUGAAUUUACAAAAGGCACUUUUUUGCCGCAAACUCUGUCAGUGUUUACAGUGUUGUAAACACUGCUUGUAUAACUUUUAGGGUAAAAAUAUUAUAAUAAAUGUAAAGUGUGCAAUCAGCUGACGGAAUUACAACCCCUUUGACUGGAUUUCUGUUUUAAAGCCUGUUAACGUGAUAAAAUUGUAUACUUCUAUUUGUAGCUUCGAUAUAUUAUAUAUAUAUAUAUUUGUUAGUUGUUAUAUUAUUCUUUAAGUAUAUUCUACACAAUUAUUGUGCAUUUUGUGAUGUGAACUGUACUCUUCUUUGUGUAAUCCCACUUGGACUUUAAAGGGGAACAACAUUUGCUGUUCUUUAAAGGGGCACACUGCCAUAUUUUUGAAGAAAAAAAAUCAAAAUUUACAGUGCUUUCAUUGGCUUUUGCAAAGCAACCUCAGUUAGAGGUUUGAGAUUGUUUAGUUUUCGGGAUAUUUACUUGUUUUUGACGUGGAACUCCCAAAAUGAUAGAUGAUUCAUUCAUUUUUUCCUUUUGAACAGAACAUGUACUGGGAAAUGAUAAAACCACGUCCAAGGAUUAUCUUGACAUUUUCUAAAUGAUGAAGUCCAUUUAUUUGGUAGAAUUCUUGAUUGGGGUUACACAGAGAAGAAACCGUUAAAUUUCUGUGGAAAAAAGUGUAUGUUCAGUGUUUUGUUAUGUUGUCAAACAUAUAAAUGAAGGUUUAAUGUGGCCAAACUAUCCCUGCAAGGACUUGAUAUUUGAUGCCUUUUGUAUCUCUUCAUGUGUUCAGUGAUUAAACUUCUGUUUUCUUAACCUUUACCCUGCUAAAUUUCUAAAACGGACUUGUCCAUCAUUCAAUUUGGGCAGUACCAUUUAUUAUUCGAACGGGUGUUCUCUGAAAAUUGACUUACUGAAUAGCGAACAGUGCAGGCCAUGAUCAACCUGCAGGCUGAUCUUGGUCUGCACUGGUCGCAAAGGCCGAGUCACUUUCCACCAGCAGGCUAAAGGUUAAUAUACAUAGGUGUUUUUUUUUUCUACUUUAAACCGGAUCCUGCCCUGCCAGAUUCCGGUGAAUUGUCUAGUUACUCAUCCGUUGUCGUAAUAAACUACAGGGUACGGUAAACUAUCUUAAAACGGGUGUCUAAACAUAGAGAAAGGACAAAAUUCAUUUUUACAGUAACAGAAAUCCAAGAAAAGCAAGUUUCCCACUUCAUUUACAUUCAGUUUUUAUUUGGUGGUCUUCGCAUCAAAUGAAGUGACAGUGGAUGUCUUAAUUAGACAAUUCCAAAUUUUAUUCAGGAUGAUUUCUCGACAGGUAAUUUGUGAUAUUUAUUUAUACACAGUUUAUACAAAUAGUUUUUCUCGGUAUCUUGUCUAAGGAGACCUUUGAAAUCAGUUUCAGUGUGGAUUGCUGCAAUUCUGUUAAUAUAGUUUGAAACUUGCAGUCACAAUGUGACUGUGAAAUGAAAUUAAAAAAAGAUAGUGUAAUUGAUGCAUGAUUCACAUGAUUUAUACAAGUUUACAUAUUGACCAUCGCUAAAUAAACUGUGGAAAUGUCAGCCAGUUGGUGCGGUCGUGGAUCAAUCAGCUGGUGAUGGAUUCAUGGUUUGUCAGCUAGUUGAUGGUAUUGUGGAACUAACAGCAAGUUUAUGGUGUCAGCUAGGUGUUUGAAUCCUAAAACUGUUAGCUAGUUGAUGGUUUUUGUGGAAUUGUCGGCAACCUACUGGACCAGGGAUUGUCCUUAGGAAAACAGUAGUAUAAAUACUAUCUCUGGUAUGUCUAGAAAAUCUGCUCAAAACGAGUGAACAAUAUUUUUCAAUAAAAUUAUGUUAACAAUUUCACAGAACAAGAUUAUGCAUUUCUAGUUCUAUCCAUGCAGACAAGAUACCCCGAGUAUGAAACCUGAUGUCAUAAAAUACCCUGACUGUAGUUUUCAUAUAUGUUUUUCCUCUCCUGUUUACUGGUAUAUUGAAUUCGACAAUUUUUUUUUUAGAUCUGCUCUUACACUAUGAACAAAACAAAUGGCUGAUCAAAUAAAAAGUCAACAAAGA